AUGGAAUACAACGUGGGGAUGUACGAGCCGUUGUACUGGUCCUUUGAUGCAUAUCCUAGUGUGGUUCCUCGUGUGAGGGUUCGAGGCGUAAUGGCUCUCUUCCUGGCGGGCACCAUUCUGUGGGCCCUGGUUUGGCUUUUGUACCGGGCAUGGCAAGUUUGUCAAACUCCGAACGAAAUCCUUGUCGACAAGCUCGGUCUAGAUAUCCCUCCGUCGCCUGAGGUUACUCUGGAGGAGAUUUCGGCGCGAGAAAUUCACAUCGCCUGGAAACAUCCCGACUUUCAUCACUCAGUCAGCAAACAUAUCAUUCAAGUCAAUAGUGCAAAAGUUGGCGAGACUAAACGAGCGGAAACUGCUGUCACAAUUGGAAAUCUGAUUCCUGGUCAUAUUUAUCAUAUUUGCGUCUUUGCCGUGAGCGCCGCCAAUUUUCAAACUGCCAGUACCGUCCUUCAUGUUCGUACGAAGCCGCUACCUUUAUCGCAGACUCAGCAGGAUGGAAACGUUGAAGGUCCCACGAUCCACGCAUCGGUCCCACGCUCGACGCUUGCGCUUUCGGCUCCAUCGGCCCCGAUUAUGGCAAGAGAACAUAGUUCCGGUUAUUCGCAGAGCAAGCGUUCUGGAGGAAAGAAAGGCUCGUCAGCAACAAAUUUAGUCGAUGACGACCUGCAUCGUGCUUCCGAUGACCACAACGGAACCCUGGAACGCCUUGCGGAGCGCCUGAAAAGUCUUCAGCAGGAACACGAGAACAUGGAUAAACAGCUUGCCGAGGAAGAUGAUGAACACAAUGCGAUUCAGAAGGAACUGGAGAAACAACGCGAUGAACUUAAACAACGUGUAAAGGAGAAAGACGAGGCGAGUGGUGACCUAAAGAAACACGUCAACAAGUUGGAAAGCGUCAACCGCACCGUUCAAAGCGAAAAGUCAAAACGAGAAAGGUUGCUCCAGCAGAAAGAAGCAGAGCGGAAGAAGCGCAAGGACGACAUCGUUCGAUGGCAAGAGCAAAUCGCGCAGAUAAACAAGGACUUGGCACGCGCGCAAGAGGAGAAAGAGAAGAUUGAGCAGGAUGCUACAAAACAGGCCAACGAAAUGCGAGAGAAAAUCGCCACUGAACAAACCAUCAUCAAGGAUAUAGACGAUGAAAUCCAAGAGAAAGGUGGCCGCAUCAAAAAGCUGGAAGAUGAGAGACAGAGACUCGAAGGAGGCGACAACGAGGACGGCAAGGAACUGGACCGUAUCGACAUUGAAAAGGCUCGCCAGUGGGAGAAUCGUCUCAACCAUCUUCACACUAGAUACGCUACACUCGUUAAUUUACAUGUGCAAGCGCAGCAGCAAUAUCAAGAGGCCCAGGAACGGUUGAAAUGGUUGACAGACCAAAGAGUUAAUGGUACAGGUCCAUUCGCAGCAUUGCAGACACUCGACUUGGACAUGUCACAGUCUUCUAUGCGCAGGUCUCGACAUCGCAGUUCGUUGACAAGUAAUGUUUCUUCGCCCAUUCCCUUUCCGCAAGUGGAGACUGCAUUCUCACGAAGCACAAACUACAAUCCAGCGAGCAACUCCCCGACUUUUCCUCCCACUACUGCCUUUUUCAACAUUAAUAAUGGCAUGACAUUAGCCGGUCUUGCAGACAGGGGUGAAGCUCUUCCCACGGAAUCCGAGGCGUCAUUACCGCCCAUGAGUCCUCGUGCUGAUGCGCUAUUACCGUCCGACCUACUCGGCGAUGAGGAAUCUCCUGAGCUGCCUGAACCCGUUGUUGAACCAACUAUUCCCGAUGAUGAUGGAGCAGCGGGUCCCUCUCUCGAUCAGCAGCCUCGGUCACCUUCUCCAGUUCCGUCUGAUUCUAUGUCUUCGCGAUUCUUUGCAAGCCCUCAUGACAGCUUGAGAGAUACCGACCUAAAUAUCCCAACCAGCGAGAGAAUGUCACCCGACGAUGCAGCUAACGUACAAUCUGCGUCUCGCCGACUUUCUGGAUUGUUCAACUUUCAUAGGCAGCGCGGAAAGACUAUGGUUGACGGGCCAAUGCUUGGAAGUCUCAAAUCUGGACAGAGUCGUUCUUUUCCACGGAACUAUGAUGAAAUCGAUCCGAUUGGGGCCCGUCGCCGUCGUCUUACCCAUGCUACGAAUUGGGCAAAUCCAAUGUCUUACUUUCCUCGGAGCAGUGCGACUCAAGUGACGGCUGAUAGCUCCUCAGACCAUACGCCGUCUAAGAGAAGUGCAUUUGCCAAUAUAUUUUCUGCGGGGAAGAACAGCUCUACCGAUGUACUUAAGGCGGAUCAGGGAUACAACCAAUUCAGCCCUAGGCACGAUCCUAUUGAUCCUUCGUCUAUCCUUGGUCCUAUUCGACGAAGUUCUUUGUCGCCUCGACCGUCAUCUACAUUCUCCUUUGACAAGCAACUUCCACAUCCUUCAACUGAACCGUUCGGUUGGCCGUCUAGUGAUAACAAGAGAGGCUCUCUAGCGGCUUUUGAUUGGGCGUCUCCCUCGACGUGGUCGCGUGGUCCAUCUCGAAGACCAUCGAUCCAGUAUGGUUCAUCUAGCCAUUUACCGCUUGGAAUGUCUCCUGGAGAACCGGAUUUCUUGCAUGCGCCACACGACAAGCAUCGACCACUCCAGGCCCCAAUUGGUACCAGGCCGUCCUCGUCUCAUAGGCCUGGCACUCCGAAGCUGAAUCCAGCUGCGCCGACUUUCAAGACUUUGUUUAAGAAAGACAAGGGAGGAACUGUGUACAGGGAAUUCGCGUCGAGAUCCGAGGAGUUUGACUUCCGCCCGGAAGACGAGUCGCCUCCAACAUCUAGCCGUUCCAAGGACUCACAUGCACUUUCUGGCGCUGCCGAAUCUCUUGAGUCACUGGACCUUGUUCCGUCCAGCAGCCCCUCCGAUACCUUCGGAACGAAGGAAUCUUUUAUCCAGAAGAUAACUCGCAAGGGCAGCUCUAGCAAGUUCAACCUUUCGUGGAAGGACAGAGGAGGCAUAUUCUCCAAGAAAUAUGAAUCAUCUCAGGGUGAUGCUGAUGAAGAAGACGAGGUGCAACUAGGCAAGAGCGUGGAGAGCGUCAUCUCCAAUACCCCGUCCGCAGACAAGUCCAGUAUUCGAAGCAGUCGAGGCUUUUUCAGCAGGAAAUCCAAAAAGGACAAACACUCUGUAGAGGCCAGCGAGAAGGCUAGUGAGACUGGGGAUGAAGAGAUAAUCGAGGAGUAA